UGUUACCCUUUGGUAAGGAUGUCGUCCGGGGUUUAAGCAUCGCUCUUCCUCUCCCGUUGUCGAAUCCCUCAAUCUCACCCCUGCUCGAUCAUCUUCACCGAAAAAUUACCCCUAGAUCAUCUUCUCCCACCCCCUUCCUCACUCGGAAGCCUCUGCCCAUGGAUGUCUCCACCGUUUCGAUCCUCAGAAGCACCAACUUUUUCUGUAGGUUCUCCCCCUUCAGGCCCAAAUCCGCCUCAUCAACCCCGUCCACGAAGCACUCCUCGAGGAAGGGCACCGUCUCCUCCAUUAAUUUUCUAAAAUCCCCGUCUUGGAGAGGUUCGUCCAGUGCCAGGAGCAGCGGCGGCAGAGUUCUGCAAGUUUCGGCACGGUUCCGGGGACCAUUGAGACGGCGGAACACACUGAGAGAGAAACUCCUGACUUCUACCGUCGAGCAGGUGCGUAGAGUUCCUCAAACCCUAGAUCCUGUUCUUGAUUUGGAGCUGUCCGAGGAUUUCAGUGGCGAGUUAGAAGAUCUUAGGACGGAUGUGGAUGCCGAUAGACGGAACGAAAUUGUCGAAGCUGUUGGCUCUGGGAGUGGGGAUUCGUCAGAAAAGAAAUCGGUUUUAUGGGAUAAAUUGGAGAGCUGGGUUGAUCAGUACAAGGCGGAUUCAGAGUUCUGGGGAGUUGGUACUGGUCCUAUAUUCAUGAUUUACCAAAAUUCUGAUAGGAAGAUUGUGCGGGUGUUGGUGAAUGAGGGCGAGAUCAUCAAAAGGAACCAAAUCCGAGAAUCCUCUCUCGAGGAGGUGGAAGGAGCUACGGAUGUGAAUGCUAAGAUCUUUCGUGCUAAGCUCAUUGCUAAAAUGAUAGAGGGUGGUGAAUAUGCACUUCCAAGAAAUAGCUCAGUGGUUAAGUUUGUUGUCGAGGGAAAGAAAUUGUCUUUUGUUGAUGGUAUCCAUUCUAUCUCUCUUCGGGCUCAGCCAUUUCUGAAGAUGUUCCCUCGGAUGGGCUUCGUGUUGUUUUGUAGUUGCUGCAUUCUCUGGGCCAUUGCAAAAUUGUUUGUGCAAAAUGAUAAGGUGGAAUUGUCUAGACAAGAGGCUAAGAUGCUGAGGAGGAAGAUAAAACUGAGGAUGGAGAGGGAGAAGAUGGAGAAGGGCACUGUCAAAGUUAUUGAUGAUGCACAUGAAUUUCCUGUCAGUAGUAGGCCACAAUUGGAUAUAAAUGAACUGAGGAAGAGCAUCGUACAAGCCAAAGCAUCAACAGACAAAUCAUUUAUAACAGAUUCAUCCAGUCACUUAAAUGUAACAACUCAAAGUUUUGAUGAUAAAGUGAGGGAAAUUAGAGAAAUGGCAAGAAAGGUACGGGAACAAGAGCGGCAGGAUAGUUCCAAUAAUGAAACUUCUAAGAAAACAGAAACAGAUCCCAUAUCAUGGGCUAAGAAUAAGGAAAGCGCUGUUGAUAAGAACAAUACCGUUUUAGAAACUGAGGCCACAGGUGAUAAAUCAGAUCUUGAUAUAACAUCUUUGAGUGAUUCACUUACUCGCCAAGAGGAGGACAUGGAGUUUCAUGUGGAUGGAGAGAACAAGGAAAUGUUUGGAAAGAGUACUACAGAGCAUUUUAAUAAAACUCCAUGUCAAGAGUUAUUAAACUCUCUCCAAGAUAAUGGAAAUAACAUGGAUGUUGAGGGCCACCAUGAAAAGGAAGUAACAAGAUCUUCAAGUGGGGCACACUCAACUGGUGUCGAUACAGAAACUGUCUUGAAUUAUGAUUCCAUCAGCAGAGGUGAUAUAUUGAGAAAUGGAGGAAACUUAGGAAACAAUGACUUGGACAGUUCCAUCAUGGAAGAGAGAAUAACUGGUAGCAGUUCAUCUGAUGUUUCCAGUAGAAGCACUUUUAGAGUCAAGCCGAUAAUAAUUACAUCAGUUGAUGAAGCUCGGGAAUACCUAGCACAAAGACAUGGUAUGCUAUCUGACACUAUACAGUCAGACCAGGAAGUGCAAGUUACAGAGCAAUCAGCAGGCAUAAAUGCGUGGAGCCAUUAUAAUGAUGACAAAACUAUGGAAAGCAUAAGUCCGAGAAACAUCAAGGACUUGUCUGCAUCUGAAACCUCAGACAAGUUGCAGGAUAAGACAUUUUCUAGGGAGCUGUAUGGUGAUGAAUUUGCUUCUGCCUCUCUCCUGAAAAGACCAAGUAGUGAUGACUUUUCCAUUACUGAAUUAUAUGUGGAUGAUGCCGUCGAUAAUAAGCUAACUGUGGAUAUGCAGAACUCUGAAAUGCAAGAAGAGAAAAAUCUUGAUGUUCCGUCUGAUAGUCAUGACCAAUUAUUUGUGACUCAGAAUAGUGUUAAUGGUACUUGUGACCUUUCUGAUUCAGACACUAGUACCAAGUUGAACUCAAAUGAGGUGUUGCUUGAAGUUGUAAAUAAAAUUGAUUUGCAAACUGAUUCUUGUGCUCCAAAAAUGAAAAACCUGAGUGAAAAACGAGAGGAUGCACAUGAUCAAAGGGAUGAAUGCACUUCCAAUACUUCUGAUAACCAAGUAGAACUAGAAACCCAUCUUACCAGUAGUUCUGAUGGUGUAAAAUCUUUGAUUGUAGAUCCACUAAAAGAUGAUGAAUUAAGUCAAUCUCAAGAAGCAGACAUUUUGAAAGAUGACAACAAAUUAUGUGAAGAGCUUCAAGGACUCCAAGGAAAAACUGACAGUUGGAAUGUUUCAAAGAGGAAAAAUAGUUAUGUCAAUGCUGGCUCAGGUGAAACUGCAGAAAAUACAAUGGUGGGAACUUCUGAGAUGGAUCAUGAUAAUGAUACUUUGUCAGAUUUUGACACUUCCCUGGAAUCCAUGACAGAAGAACAGGAUAGCCUUGAUAUCAGGUCCAAUGUAUCUGGAGAAUUAGAAACGUCAAAGUCAAAUGCUAAUGUUUUUGAUGGUGCUACCAAAAAGCACAAAGAGAAUAGUAUUUUAGGGUCUCCAACAAACUCUCCAUGUGAUUCGGGUGAAGUUGGCCGCCUUAGUAACAGAAAACAACUAAAUGCUGGAAAGAGUUGGGUUGAAGAGAAUUUUCAAGAGUUUGAUCCAGUGAUUACUAAAAUUGCAGUUGGCUUCAAAGAAAAUUACAUGGCAGCAAAAGAGAAGAUCCAACAGCAGCCUAGUUUGAACACCGACAUAAGUGAACUCAGGUUGAUGGAAGGCGAUGAUGAACUUGAAUGGAUGAAUGAUGAAAGACUGCAGAAAAUUGUAUUUCAAGUUCGAGAAAAUGAAUUGACAGGCAGGGAUCCUUUUUAUUUAAUCGAUGCUGAUGAUAAGCUUGCCUUCUUCGAGGGACUAGAAAAAAAGGCUGAGAAGAUUAGUGGAAAUCUUUUGCGCCUUCAUGAAUGGGUUCACUCCAGAAUUGAAAAUCUUGACUAUGGAGCAGAUGGCAUCAGUGUAAAUGAUCCACUGGAAAAAAUAAUUCCCCGCUGGAAAGGCCCUCCUAUCGAUAAAGAUCCAGAAUUUCUUAAACAUCAGAAGCCAAUGUUUUCUGAAGAGGUCAAAGAAAACAGUCUUCAAGAAACAGAUGGGUUUCCAAAUUCUAAAGGUGUUUCCCCAUACUCUCCAGAUAAUGGAAUCAGAAAGAUGUCUCUUGACGCAUCAUCUGUGAAACCAAAGACACUGAUCGAGAGUAGUGAUGGUACUAGCAGAGUGGGAAAAAAGAAAGGAACGGAACAAUGGCAACAUACCAAGAAAUGGUCUCAAGGUUUCCUAGAAGUUUAUAAUGCAGAGGAGGAUCCCGAGAUUAAAUCCAUUAUGAGAGAGAUGGGAAAGGAUUUAGACAGAUGGAUCACUGAGAAAGAGACAAAGGAUGUGGCUGAUUUAAUGACAAAAAUACCCAAAAGAAAACGGAGAUACCUUGAGAAGAAAUUGGAGAAGCUUAAAAGAGAAGUUCAAAUGUUUGGUACACCAGCAGUUGUCAGCAAAUACAAAGAAUACACAGAUGAAAAAGAAGAAGAUUACCUUUGGUGGUUAGAUCUUCCUUUCGUUCUGUGCAUAGAAUUAUACACAAUUGAAGAAGGUACUCCAAAAGUGGGGUUUUAUUCACUUGAAAUGGCUGCUGACCUUGAAUUGGAUCCAAAACAAUAUCAUGUGAUUGCUUUUGAGGAUCCAGGAGAUUCUAAGAACUUCUGCUACAUUCUACAGUCUCACAUGGAUAUUCUUGGAAGUGGCAAAGCUUUCGUCGUCGCUAGACCUCCAAAGGAUGCUUUUAGGGAAGCCAAAGCCAAUGGGUUUUAUGUUACUGUUAUCAGGACAGGACUGGUCAAACUCAAUGUUGACCAGACAUUAGAAGAAGUGGAAGAAGAAAUAACAGAGCUUGGAAGCAAGAUGUACCAUGAUAAGAUCAUGAGUGAUCGAUCAUUUGAUGUGAACACAUUAAUGAAGGGUGUUAUCGCUGCUGACAAAUCCACCAAUAGAAGGCCAAGACAGAAGCAUAUGAAGUCUACAAAGCCUGCCAAAUCCUAAAGAUAUGAUCGGAAGUCACAAGCGGGCACCAAGUUUGUUGUCCUUAGAAUGUUUUUGCUCCAUGAAAUCCAUGUGGAAGACCGUCAUGGAUAAUUCUUGAAGGUUGCCUUGAGACAAGGAACGAGAAGGCUCAACCCAAAGAACUCAUGGUCUUUCCUACUAUUUGUCUGGAAAUAGUUGUGUAGAAGCAUGCGAACUAUUUAAGUGGAUCCGUACGGACUAGAGGAGGCGGCGGAAACCGCCAGAGGUGACGGCCGUUAGAUUGCCUCCCCCCUUCCCCCACAGGGGUAGCAUUGCGCUGCUCUCCGCCCUCCGUUGGAUAGUACUGGCGCGUCCCUAAGGGUUCCGGUCGCCCAGCGGCCGCCAGGGACGGCGACAAGGAGGCCUUCGCGAAGAAGCCGCGGCGCUGGCACGCUGAGAUGCCCUCGCUGACGCGGACGACGACUUCUUCCUAUUCCCCGUCGAGGAGAUCGUCCAGUACCCGCUGCCGGGCUACGUCGCCCCCUCCUCCAUCAGCUUCAGCCUCGAUGGGCGCCUGAGCUCGUACUACUUCAGCCCUGACGGCACCGUCCACCGAAAAGUCUUCGCCUUUGACGUCGCUUCGCGGUGGGAGGAGCUGGUCUUCAGCCCGCCCGACGGAGGGGGCCUUGAUGAGAGCAAUCUCUCGGCGGAGGAGAAGCUGAGGAGGGAGAGGGCAUUGGGAGUCACGCGUUACGAGUGGAGAGCGAGGUCUCCGUCUCUUCUUGCUUCCCUCCUGGGAAGCCCCUCAUCAUGGUGCCCUUGCCCGCUGGGGUCUGUGCUCUGCUCUAUUUCUUGAUUUGGGUGUUUACUCUUCGGGUCGAC